AUGGAUAAGGCUGGCUGCGAAGUUUGGUUGAACUCUUUAUGGCGAUCGAAAGAGGCUAAGCUGAAGAAAUUCUAUGAGAAAGACAAGAAAUUUGAGCCAAGUGGUAGUAGAUAUGUUUGGCCGCUUAAAACAACCGGUCUUGGUUAUUGGAUUGCUUUCUCAUGGUGGGUGUUCACUUCAAUCAUGUGGUCGUAUUUCACUUAUCAAUAUUUCUUCGUCAAAUUUUAUGUCUUUCUCGGCUCAUCCUUCUACAUUUAUGCUCUAAAAUACCACAAUGGAGUCGAAUUUCUGAUCAUAAAAUGGUUUUACCGUCGAUUUCCUGAUUUGAGAAAAGAUUUG